AUGCCGAGUAGCAAGACCAGAAUUGCCGUAAUUGGUGGCGGUGUAGCUGGAUUGGUGGUAGCUCGUCACACAAUCACCAAGUUGGACACUUUCAGUUUCACUUUGUUCGAGCAAACCGAUCAGAUUGGCGGGACAUGGGUUUACACUGACGAAACCAACACCGACAAACAUGGAUUACCGGUUCAUAGUAGCAUGUACAAGAACUUGAGAACAAAUCUUCCCCGGGAAAUAAUGCAAAUUCCCGAUUUUCCCCUGGAAAACGACGAAGGUCCGUCGUUUGUUCAUCAUACUGUAAUUCGAGAGUAUCUGCGUGAUUACGCAAAACAUUUCAACUUACAUUCCUAUAUAAAGCUGAACACUCUGGUAAAACUUGUGGAACCAGAAACCCUUCCAAACGGACAGACAAUAUGGAUGAUCACUUACAAGGAUCUGGAAACCAAAGUGGAGACCACAAAGACAUUCGAUGCUGUUGUUUUGUGCAAUGGUCAUUACACGGUUGGUCACAUUCCACGUAUUCCGGGUAUCGAAAGCUUCCCCGGGGGACGGAUACACAGUCAUCAGUACAGAGUACCGGAAGUGUACGCUAGAAAGACAGUUUGCAUCCUCGGAGCAUCUUGGUCCGGCAUAGACAUCGCUAUAGAAGUAUCGCAGUACGCGGACAAGGUAUACUUAAGUCACAAUUUACCGGAACCGGUCGAUUCGGAAAUGUCUAAAAACGUGGAACAGAGACCUGGAAUCCAGUCUAUCAAGGGAAAGAAAUUCAUCUUCCGCGACGGUACCACGGCGGAAGUAGACAACUUCAUAUAUUGUACCGGUUAUAGGUUCACGUAUCCGUUUAUGUCACCUAAAGUUCAGAUGCGUACGGACGAAAACCACGUCGAGCCGAUUUACAAGCAUCUAGUGCACAUGAAUUACCCGAAUUUAUUUGUGAUGGGGCUACCGGGUAUUGUAAUUCCUUUCCCGAUGUUCCACAUACAGGCUCAAUACAUUCUGGGUAUUCUCGAAGCUCGCAUUAAGUUACCUUCGACAGAGCAGAUGUACGAGGAAUACGAAACUGAAAAAAAAACCCUACUUGAUCAGGGUAUACCUUUGAGACAUAUUAUCAAGCUGAAAGAGAGACAGUGGGCAUAUUACGACGAGCUCGCUGCGUGUGCAAACGUUCCGAGUCUCCCGCCGGUGAUCAAGAAAAUCUACGACCAUGUUAACCAGAUGCGUGAAUUGGACUUCACCACUUACAAGAAUUACCAGUAUCAUAUAAUUGACGAUGAAAAUUUUGUAGUGUGUUACUCUAAACCUUGUUAA